GCAAAACAUUGCUGGAGUUGCUUAAAAAACGUCCUCAAAGCCAAUGGGUGGAUCUUACUCACCUCCUUUCCUGCAAAUGUUUCAAGCAUCAAGGAGGGCCGAGGAUGAAGGACAGGCUGGAGGAGCUGAGGAGGCGCAUGCACGAGGAUGGGGACUCUCUGGAGCUGGGGGAGUCCUUCUCCUUCGAUAAUCCUGUUUUCCAGGAAGAUGAGAGCAGCCCCAUGCGUAAGGUGCUCCAGGAAAUAAGCAGCCUCUCCUUGGCUCUGGAUAAGUUGGAGCAAUCCUCCGAGAGUAUCGCCAAGAAGCAGCAGCGGGUGCUUUGCUGCACCACCGAAGCAAGCAUUGGCGAGGAGAAAAAAGAGCUCAGCACCAUGAAGAACAUGUUCACCAAAGAAGCUAAGGCUCUCCAGCCAAGGCUCGGUGACAUCCAGGAGACCCUGGCCAAGGAAAGGGCGAAAAGUCUAGCCAUCAGCCGCAUUCGCUGCUGCCAGUUCUCAGUGCUGGUCAACCGCUACCGAGAGAUCAUCACCCGCCAUUAUGCCAAGGAAACCCACUAUGUGGGGAAGCUGAAGGAGCAGAUCCAGAGACAGACAGAACUGGCAGGCUUGCAUCUCCAAGAGGAGGACAUCAAGCAACUGGUGGAGAGCCCUACGAUGCCGCGCAUCGUUGGCCAAGACCUGGAAGUGCUCAAAGCCAAGCAGCACCUCGCCAUGGCCCAGGUGCGCCACCAGCAGCUGCUGGACUUGGAGGCCCAGAUCAGCGAGCUCCAUUCCCUCUUCUUGCACUUGGAGAUCCUGGUCCUGGAACAACAAGAGGUCCUCAACAGCAUUGAGUACAACAUCCUCCACACCACUGAUUACAUUUGCCAGUCCAACGAGGAGGUCAAGAAAGCCAUCAAAUAUCAGCGCCAUUCCCGGUUGUCCACCCUCUUGUCCACACUCCUAGGCCUUUGCACCUGUUGUACAUGCCUGUCAUGCAUGGCAACUCCGAGUGUGUUGCGCUGAACAGCAACAAAACAACAGGACAGAGCUGUUUCUUUCAAAGAGGAAAGAGGAACCCCAUUGAUGACCGAGAACAUCAUGGAGCACUGAAUGUGCAUUGGAGAAGAAGUCAGCCUGGAUAAAGGGGGCUGAUGGGCACUUCCAAAAAGACAGUUUGGGCUUGAGUCGAGUGGAAUAUUUUGCUUUAUUUUUUGCAAAGCAGAAGAAGGGACUUGUACUGAAAUAGGAUAUGGGUUUCUGCAGAGCUCAGCUCCAUUUUUUGCUUCUAGCAGCCCAUGACUCCUUCUGGACUGCUGGUAUGCAGGUUCCCAUGGUUCCAUGCUCAGUUGUAGGUUUUAACUACCAGGAUUCAACUGCCUUCUACACCAAGAGAUUCUGGUACACUUGACGAACUGUAGCGAGCGGAUCGGUUGUUCUCCUUUUCUGUUUUGGGAUUGGGGUUCAUCCCUAGGCCACCAUUAGGGCAAUGACAAAGCUGUUGCCUCAUCAGUUCCUGGACCAUUUCCUUGAGCUGCACGCGAGAAGGCUGGAUUUACGAUGAAGGACCUCUAACAUUCCUGGAUAGAUGACAAUCAACCCAAUCACUGUAGAACAGGGCCUUUGUGCGAGCUCAGACUCUCUCUCUCUGUCUCUCCAAUCUUUGAUGCUUUUGUGCGUUUUAAAAAAGACUUUUGUUUUUCCAAAGAGGCUCAGGAUUGAAGCAAGCUGCUUCAGGAGGCGCCAUUCAGGUGAAACGUGGUCUGCGGUGUCUAAAGGCUUCAGCCAAAUCUUACAAGGGCUGGUUUUAGCAGACGGCGAAGGACGCCUGAAGAAGUAAGAAAAUAUCUGGAGCUGAAAACAGGUUCCGUGGCAAUAAGCACUUAUUUCUGACUUCCCUGAAAUGCUGAAAUGAACAACCUUACAUGCACUUGUAAAUAUAUUAAAGUCAAGCAAUAUUUGCAAUCCUGUAUCCUCCUUUUUCCUUGUUCCCCCCCCCUCCCCUCACCAUACUGUUUUUGCCUAAAGAUAUUUCCUAAUAUUCUUGCAAUGUACCUCCUAUUGAUUUAAUCUAUGUUCGUGGGGAGAAAACGAGGCAUCUUUCCUCUCAGCUGGGAAAUCAAAUCACUGUGUCAUAGUGUACACAAAUAUGUAUGAGUUUGCUGGUUGCAGUUCCUGGAUGUUGUAAUGCAGGCUUUUGUGUCUUACUUAGUACAUUUCACAUAAUUGACAAUUGUGUUAUCUCACACAGUUGGCGUAAUGUGGAGGGUGAAUUAAGUGUGUCAAGGGUUACAAAAACUUUAAAAGGUGUGCAUGUGUGUGUGUAAGUGUUAUCACAACUUCUUGGCUAUCACGCAGAAAGGAAAUCAGUUUCCAAACCGUUUGCUUUCUUUUUUUUAUAAUGUGUUUUUUUAAUAAUAUAAUUAUUUG